AUGGGGGGCUCUCAACCGCCGUUCAUGUACCAGUCCGUCAGUCGGGACGAUGAGCGAUUCCCGGCUGUCAAAUUCGACCCAAAGGCAGUGACUCGAGCAAGUUACGAGUCAAAGAAGCCGAAACCUAAGCCGGACGGCCCGCUUGUCUCAUUCAACCGUCAUCCCGAUGCCCUUAUGGUACCCAAUGGGCGAAACAAGUUUAGCCCGAUGGGGCACAAGACAAAGAGCUGGAUCAAGGGCAUGCGCGUUGUGCAGAUGUGUCUCAGGGUCGUCCAGGCCAUCGCCGCCGUCGGCCUUAUCGUCGCCAUGAGCGUAUCAGGUUUGGGAGGAUGGGUCGUCAUUGUGACCUGUGGCAUUGUCAUUCUCCACUGCACCUACAGCGUCUUCCAUCAUGUCCGGCCAGCAGGCGCUAGAACUCCGGGCUCGUCUGCGGGCUACCAGUUAUUCGCCGGCAUCUCUGACCUCUGCGUUCUGCCCCUGUACGCGUACGGUGCCGUCAUGACUAGGAACAAGAACGAAGAGUGGAAGACGACGGCCCCCCCUGAUGACCCGGACGUCGUCAAGUACAUGGUCCCAUCCAUCUUCUACGGUCUCAUCGGCGCUGGCGGCUUACACCUUAUCUCGCUGCUCAUCUCCCUAUGGCUCGCCUUGAUGUUCCGCCGCAUCGCAAACAUGCCUCCGGACAUGAACCCGCUAGAGGCCAACCUCACCUCGCGCGCACACAAGCGCAACAAGUCGUCGGUUACCACCACUUCGACCUAUUCGGACGAGAAGCCUGAGAGCGAGCUUUACGACGACAGCUCUCGCCCACCGUCUUACCAAGUUCCCACCAGCAACCGCAACUCGGGCACCCCACAGGACCUGAAGCGCAUGUCCGCACCGCUUCCUCCAGCCCACCGCGCCUCCUACACGGAAAUCCCUCUCGGCGAGACCGGAGCUGGCUCCUCCCGCCCAGUUUCUAUGCACUCGUCCCGCCCCAGCACCGGCUCUGUCCCCUCCUACCGUGCCGAGCCCGUCUCCCCAGCCCAAACCGUCCAGCCGCGCUCCGCCAGGUUUACCGAGACCUGGUACGCCUCCGAAUCCCUCAUCAACCGGACCCAGCAGCGCAACCGAGCCACCCCGACCCCGAAAAACAAAGCCGCCUACGCCUCCCUAGACGCCUCCGACGGCGAAAACAACUCCGACUCGGAAAACGACACCUUCUACACCCCAGCCCGCGGCGGCACCGCCGGCAACAACGAAAACACAAACCACCCCAACCCGCUCCGCUCCAACCCCCUCGCCAGCAACGACACCACCAAACCCGAACCCAACAACUACAACACCACCAGCACCCGCCGCCCCCGAACCCCCUUCUCCCGCCUCCGCAACUCGGUCCUCUCCACCAUCUCCCCCAACGACCGCCGCGUCUCCGGCAGCCAGGACAUCACCGACCAAACUCAGACCCAAACCCUCGCAGUCGGCGGCGGCGGUGCGCCCGGCGGCCCGCGCAACCGGCUCUCCUCCAUCCAGCCCGACGGCGCCUUCUUCUCCAAGCCGUACGGCGAUCUCAGGGCGGCUACGCCGCCUGUUAUUGUUGGGGGGCGGGAUGAGAAGACGGCGGUGGAGCGGGUGGUGUCGUCGGGGAAUGAUUAUGAUUUGGGGAGUGGUGGUGGUGGUGCGGGCGCGAUGGGGAGGAGGAAUGUGAGUGGGAAGGUUGCGGAGGAGGGGAGGGCGGGGCAGAGGUGGUCGAGGUAUGGGGUUUUGAAUGAGUAG